CUGUUGACAAGAGGUUCCGGAAAGGCAACGCGAGAUUCGGGGGCUUUCUAGCGUCUGGCUAAUGGCAUGUGGGUCGCUAAUGGGAUCAGCGCGUUUGCUUUCCGGGGAACGAUGCCAAAAGCUCAGAAAUCUCCUCUGACGUGGUCGGAAUGCGUGUGCCCAAUUUGUCGGGAGAUCCUGCUGGAGCCGGUGACCCUGCCGUGUGAUCAUACCUUGUGCAGCCCAUGCUUUCAGUCGACUGUGGAGAAAGCAAGUCUGUGCUGCCCUUUUUGUCGAAAGCGCGUUUCUACCUGGGCACGCUACCAUGCCCGCUCUGGGACCUUAGUCAACAAAAAACUAUGGAACAAAAUCCAAAGUCAGUAUCCCGAGGAGUGCCAGAGGCGUGCUUGUGGGCAGGAGACAGAAGACUUGGAAGAUGAGUCUGUCACCUACCCUGAUCGGACUUUAUGCAAGCCCGGAGAAAUCAGACAAGAAUAUGAAGCAGAGAUCAGCAAGGCUGAGGCUGAGCGCAUUGCCCGAGAAGAGGCAGAGAGGAAAGCAAGUGAAGAGUACAUCCAGAAGCUGCUGGCAGAAGAAGAGGAGGAGCAGCGGCGUCUUGCAGAAGCCAUUCACAAGGAAAAAGAAGAACAGCUAAAACGAGAUGAAGAGUUGGCUCGGUCCCUUAGUUAUGAUCUGAAUGAGUCCAACAUAUCUAAUUCAUCAUCUGUAAUUAUUUCUCCAAUGGGGUCACCAACAGUUCACAAGCAUAUAAACACUUCAAAAUCCUGCAAGCGUUCAAAAGGCAAGGGAAGCCAGUCUAGAAACAUUGAGAGAUUUCUUUCGCCAAAGCAUCAGGGGGUUAUGAAUACUUCAAUAUACGAUGAAGUCAAUUUGAAUGUUCAGGACAUUAGUGCCAACGGUUUUCUAGUAGACGAUGAGGAUGAAAAUUCUAUGCCCACACUUUCACCACAGGAGACUUGGUCCACCCAUCAUAAUUCAAGCAAUGACACCGGCUUUAAUCAUCACAUAUUAGAUGCAGUGGAUUGUGACAGCCUGCAGAAUGGUGAUGCUACUACAAGUAAAGUACAGAAUGGCCUACAUCACUUCCCUGAUGGACUAAAUGGCGCAGGCAUCGGGGCAGGGAAGGAAGAGAGUGUUUCCAGUUGCUUGGAAAACUGCGAGACGCACAGUUCAUGUGUAUGGGACUCUUUAAUUGCCAGCACGCCUGAGCAACACCUUAAAGUAACACCCAAAAGAAAAUGUGAGGGGUACUCUAAUGACUCGGAGCCCAAAGUUAGUGGAAAACGGAAGAGGAUGCAUUUGGGAGAUCCUGAUGCUGGGCCUAGUCUACACGCAACACAAUUAACAGAUCGCGAAGAUCAUCUCUAUGACAGGAGGACGCAGGAGGAACAAGACAGGCUGCUGGCACUUCAGCUGCAGAAGGAGCUGGACAAAGAACAGAGCCAGGUGGUCAGGAAGAAGGGCUCUCCAGACGAAUACCUACUACGCCCCAAACGGAGAAACGAUCACCAAGAGUGUGAGGAACCUACAGCCCUUAAACAAGCUGGGCCAAAGACUCCCGGAGCGCAGGGCAGGGCCGGCAGAGCGCAGGGCGUGAGUAAUUCAGAUGAAAACAAAAAGCCCCCACCAAGGAGCAAAGUGACAUCGCCACUAAGUAGAAGGGCACGGGCGACCUCCGCUGCCGAGGCCUCCUCCUCCGAAGGGAUAAACAUUCUGAGGCCAAGCAACAAGCAGCAGACCAUAUUAGAACUUUUCCAAAGGUCUGUGGGGAAGUGAGCACUUACGUUGCCGAUCUAGGCGUUGAUCUAUGCUGCAGUUCUUUAACUUUGGGCUAUUCUCUUGCUUUAUAAUUCUCCUCUCCGAACAAACAUUUUAUUUUUAAAUAUGCGAAACUGUUUAGUUUAUGGAUGUUGCUGAGAUUGCUAGUUGCAUCUCCUUUAAGCGUAAGAUGCAUUUCUUUCAUGAUACAACUGCUAGAACUUUACAGAACACAUGGGCCACAAAAACAACUUUUGAAUCAUUUCACAUCUAGAGAUGCAAGGCAGUCUUGAAUGCCCCCACCACGUAUCAAUCUGUUUUAUUAAUCGGCUCCUACAUUUUAUGAAAUAAAAAAAAAUAAAACGUGUAGUUUUAAGUAAACAUCAGGAGGCAGUCUUGCUGCUGUGAAAUGAGAAUAAAUAUGGCUUUUCUGACAAUGUAUCAACUUUGCUAAUAAACACCUCCUGUAGCUGUGUAAUUUGAAAUAGUUAUGCAAAAUAAACAUGAACAAUGAGUACGUAA